AUGACCUCCACUCGGGACAAUGGAUUGACCCUUCAGGUCUCUAUCCUAAAGGGCCGUAAUCUUGCCCCGAAAGACCGAUCCGGGACUUCUGAUCCGUAUCUUGUUCUUAUUCUUGGUGAUGCAAAAGUCAUUACACACUCGAUUCCCAAAACCCUGAACCCGGAAUGGAACGUGGUCGAAAACGUACCAGUCAACUCGGUCCAGAGCCUACUUCUCGAUGUCAUAUGUUGGGACAAAGAUCGCUUUGGAAAGGACUACAUGGGCGAAUUUGAUCUGGCUCUCGAAGAUAUAUUUUCCAACGGCGACCUUGCGCAACAACCAAAGUGGUAUCCCCUACGAAGCAAGAGGCGGGGCAAAAAGAGCAGCGUGGUUUCCGGCGAGGUUCAACUCCAGUUUGCGCUUCACGAUACUUCCAACCCAUCCGCCACGCCCCAACAGGUUUUUGAAAAGUUUAAUGCUCUUGUCAAAGCUGUUGCGGAAAGCAGCUCUCGAAACCCCUCGCCUCUGGCCACUCCAAGCCAGGGCGUGAGCAGGAGCCCCAAACUAGGCCCCACCUCCGGAAACUCUCUUGCUCCCGCUCCCACGGCCGUUCCCGGAGAAGGUCUUGAUACCACCUUGUCCGAAAUCGAAGAUGACGAUGACGACGAUGACGACGACGAAGAUGAUCUCGAUGCGAGCGACGAGACUCCCGAAGAAGAAGAUGUUAGCAAGCCUGAGGCUAUUGAGCGCAGAAAGCGUCGCCUCCGGAUCAAGCGACUCAGGAGGAAGAGGAAGGAAAACGCAUAUGAAUUUAGCGGCGAAUCCGACGUCUUAGGCAUCAUCUUCCUAGAAAUCUGCAAUAUUACGGACUUGCCCCCGGAAUCGAACCUCACCCGGACCAGCUUUGAUAUGGAUCCCUUUGUCGUCGCCUCACUGGGCAAGAAGACAUAUCGGACAAGGCAUGUGCGGCACAAUUUGAAUCCCGUUUUUAACGAGAGGAUGAUCUUCCAAGUCUUGUCGCACGAGAAACUUUACUCCUUCUCCUUCACUGUCAUUGACCGCGACAAGUAUUCUGGCAACGACUUCAUCGCUUCGUGCAAUCUCCCAGUCAAAGAACUGAUCGAGAAGGCACCCAAGGCCAAUUCGGAGACCGGACUCUACGAUCUGCGUGACCCGCCCGAGUAUGAACAGCCUAAGAGGCCGCGUUUUAGGAAGCUCGGGCUGUCUCGCUCUUCGUCCGCGCAAAGCUUGAGCAAGCUGAUCAAGCAAUCGUCAUCCAAGACUGCGUCUGACCCCUCCUCGGCGACUCCCUCCACGGUAUCGGGGUCUACCGCUCAAGCCCAGCCUGUCGUCACCCUCUGGCGACGCUCUCCUUGCCGUCCCCACGCCUCUCGGCGAGGGGACGGAAACACCCCUGUCGAAAGCGAGAGCCAGGACUUUCUUGAAUUCUCGUUACCGCUGAAGAUGAAGAACCUUGAGAAAUGGGAGGACAAGCACAAUCCGACCCUGUUCCUUCGCGCCAAGUACAUGCCGUACUCUGCUCUUCGACAACAGUUUUGGAGGGCCAUGAUCAAGCAGUAUGAUGCGGACGAGAGUGGCCGUAUCAGCAAGGUCGAGCUAACUACUAUGCUUGACACGCUUGGGUCAACGCUCCGCGAAUCCACCAUUGAUAGCUUCUUCCAGCGUUUCCCUCACAGGAUCAAUGGUGGCGAGGAACAGGAUCUAACGGUCGAUGAGGUUGUUAUAUGUCUUGAGGAGCAACUUCUUGCUAAGAGCAAGAGGCAGCCGACAUUGAGCGAUCGUGUGCAAGGUCUGCUCCACCCGACCGACAGUGACACGGCUACGCCCUAUACGGAAUCUUUAGCUAGCACUCCCGGUAUAGUUGAGCCGCUCCAGCCACCGCUCCAGCUGCCACCGCAGCAAUCAAGCUCGUCGUCGACCAUUGUUGUACCCGAACUAAAUGCCCCUGGCGAGGAGGGUGAGUUCCUGCCCAAGGAUGAGCUUGUUGAGGACCGUGGUGAGGAGCAUGUCGUUGAAAUUCGAGAAUGCCCCAUUUGCCACCAACCGCGCCUGAACAAACGCAGGGACGCGGACAUCAUCACCCACAUCGCGACAUGCGCGAGCCAGGACUGGCGACAGGUGAACAAGCUCAUGAUGGGCGGUUUCGUGACUGCUUCUCAGGCGCAGCGCAAGUGGUAUUCCAAGGUGAUCACCAAAAUCUCAUAUGGAGGAUACAAACUCGGCGCCAACUCCGCCAACAUUCUCGUCCAGGAUCGUAUUACGGGCCAGAUCAAUGAAGAAAAGAUGAGCGUGUACGUGAGGUUGGGCAUUCGCCUGCUUUACAGAGGGCUGAAAUCCAACAACAUGGAGAAGAAGCAAAUUCGCAAACUUUUGAAGAGUAUGAGCAUCAAGCAGGGCAAGAAAUACGAAGACCCCGGCUCCAAGUCUCAAAUCAUCCCCUUUAUCGAAUUUCACAAUUUGGACUUGGCCGAAGUACUCCUACCGCUCGAAGACUUCAGCAAUUUCAACGAGUUCUUUUAUCGCGCACUGAAGCCUGGUGCUAGGCCCUGCUCAGCGCCCGACAACCCGCGCAUCAUUGUCUCCCCAGCCGAUUGCCGUAGCGUCGUGUUCAACAAGGUCGACCAGGCGACCAAAGUAUGGAUCAAGGGACGUGAGUUCUCGGUCAAGCGCCUUCUAGGUGAUGCAUACGGGCAUGAGGCCAACCGGUACAACAACGGAUCCCUCGGCAUCUUCAGACUUGCCCCUCAGGACUACCACAGAUUCCACAUUCCCGUUGAUGGCGUUUUGGGCAAGCCCGAGCUCAUUGCAGGCGAAUACUACACGGUCAACCCGAUGGCCAUCCGGUCGGCCCUGGACGUGUACGGUGAGAACGUCCGAGUGUUGGUGCCCAUUGAUAGUGUCGAACACGGCCGUGUGAUGGUCAUCUGCAUCGGUGCCAUGAUGGUUGGCAGCACGGUGAUUACUCGAAAGGAAGGAGAGCAGGUCCACAGGGCGGAAGAGCUGGGCUACUUCAAAUUUGGCGGAUCCACCCUCGUUGUGCUCUUUGAAGAGGGCAAGAUGAAAUUUGACGAGGACCUUACGGAUAACUCCAACUCCGCCUUGGAGACCCUGAUUCGAGUUGGAAUGUCCAUUGGCCACUCCCCAAGCGAGCAUCAAUGGCGCCCUGAUAUGCGCAAGGAUGAAAAGGACGUUACAGAGGAAGACAAGGCCGAGGCCAAGCGCAGAAUUCAAGGCUCGGUCUCCCAGCCCGAAACUCCCGAGGCAAGUGGCGAUGACAAGGCGCAGCGGCUGGGCGUGUCGCCAGAGACAGUUGAGAAACUCGAUGGCGGUGGCGUGCCCAUCAUUGCAGGGUAA